AAAAAUAAAAUGAGUAAAUUUGGUAACACCCGGUGCCACUUCUGGUUCAAGCUUCGUUCGGCCAACAUCCACUGGUACCAGACAAUCGACAAUGGCAGACCUCGGCAGCAAGGAUGUCGAAAGGGCGGAAUUCGCCUUCUCCAUUUACGACGCUGACGGCACCAACGUCAUCGAUGCGGUUAAUCUUGGCGACGUCCUUCGCGCGUUGAACUUGAACCCCACGAAUGCGACCAUCGAAAAGCUGGGCGGCACGAAGAAGAGGGGCGAGAAGACAAUGAAACUGGACGAAUUCCUCCCUAUCUUCAGCCAGUGCAAAAAGGAUAAGGAGCAGGGGUGCUACGAGGACUUCGUCGAGUGUUUAAAGCUGUACGAUAAACAGGAAAACGGAAUGAUGCUCAGCGCGGAAUUGUCCCACACACUUCUGUCACUUGGUGAACGUCUCACUGAUACGGAGUGCGACACGGUGUUGAAGGACUGCAUGGACCCAGAAGACGAAGACGGUUUUAUCCCCUAUGCCCCCUUUUUGAAGAAGAUGAUGAUACUGUUGUAAGCGGCUGAGGUGUUAUCGAGACAAUUAUCCAUCCGUUCCUUCGUAACCUGUGUGAGAGGGCGGCAGCAACAGACGACAAUUAGGCUGAUCGCUGUCAAUAUUCAUCCGCCAAGCUCCACAUCGACGAUGGAACGUUCGCCAUAUUCACUCGUCACAUUCACCACUUUUCUCAUCCCUCCGCUCUGGAUCAUGCGAGAAUCCAUUGAUAAUUUACAUGUAUAAAUCGCGACACGAUCCUAAAAUCAACAAAUGUCAAGGCGUUAGCAGCACUUUAUUGAAUGGAAAGCAAGGGAAAGGGGAAGCAUCACGCGAACAUCGAGGAAAAGAGAAACAAUACUUCACCUCAAAUGCACGUAAAACAUCAUUAUUUAAUUUGGUUUCAUACAAAAGUGUUCAAUGUUCAGUGUUAAAUUUACGGAAUAUCUUAAUAUAUAGCAACAUUGUACAAAGUCAGAUAAAACGGUUGGUAUUAAUUUACUUCUUACUGUUACUGUAAUAAAUCGCUCCUCUCGAGACAACGGAGAGGAUUAAAAAAAA